CCUGCUUCAUGUAAUAAUUGUUUGUGGCAGUAAAUGAAUAAAUAUAGUAAGGUUGUGCUGUGAUAAGGUUGUAAUAUUUGUACCCUGGUGGUGUCACUAUAACAUCAGAGGACAGAAGGGAUGAUGUUCCUCCCACAUCCUUUGUUUGGUGCAUCAUUUGUAGAAGGCAAGUGAACCAGGAGGGCCGUGUGUGUUUUACGCAAAUAAUUACAGCAUUUGGAACGAGGAGGGAUAUAAUUCAUUGGAGGAGCAAUAUUGGAUUUUUAAAAUUUUGUUUUUGAACGAUGGAGAGCGGAAAAUGCUGCCGCUGGUUGUUUUUUGUUGUGUGUCUGCUUUUGUAUUUGGGAGGAAGAACCUCGGCUGAAUUGCGCUACUCGAUUCCAGAGGAGGUGAACGAAGGAACUGUGGUCGGGAAUGUGGCCAAGGAUCUAGGUCUGGACAAAUCCUCUCUGGUGGACCGACAGUUCCGUGUGGUGUCUGGAUCGAAGGAGGCGUUCUUUCACGUCAGGCCGGAAAGUGGUGCGUUAGAGGUCCGUAGGAAAAUCGACAGAGAGGCGCUUUGUGGGGGCAGCGGAGCUUGCGUCAUGGAGCUGAAAAUUCUGGUUGAAAAUCCGCUAGAAAUGCAUCACGUCGUUGUGGAAAUUACUGAUGUGAACGACCACUCCCCGAGAUUUUCUGAUAAAGAGCAAGUAUUUGAAAUAGCUGAGCAUUCAUCUCCUGGCACACGCUUCCAGCUGCACGCUGCAAGUGAUCCAGAUGCUGGAAUUAACUCAGUGCGCACAUAUACAUUGACGUCUAAUGAGCACUUUGAAUUAGAUAUAAGUCAAACUGAUGAAGAGAAAAUACCAUUCUUAGUGUUGAAAAAGUUAUUAGACAGAGAACAAAAUAAAAAUCACUCAUUAAUUGUUACUGCAGUUGAUGGAGGGAAACCACAAAGAUCAGGAAUACUUAAUGUAACAAUUAUUGUUCUUGACAGUAAUGAUAACCGUCCAGUGUUUAGUCAAGAAACUUACACUGUUGAAAUAAAAGAAAAUAUUUCAGUUGGAACAAGUAUUAUACGAGUUUUUGCAACAGAUCCAGAUGAAGGCAUUAACGGAGAAAUACAAUACAGCCUUGGAAAAACUGUAAAUAAAGCUUAUGAUGUAUUUGAACUAGACAAGUUAAGUGGACUCAUCAAACUGAAAGGAGCUUUGGAUUUUGAGGAUUCAGAGAUUUAUAAACUUGACAUUCAGGCAUCUGAUAAAGGACAACCUCCUUUAACAGGCAGGUGUCGAGUCAUAAUUAAAAUUAAAGACAUUAAUGAUAAUCCUCCAGAAAUAGAAGUGACAUCACUGUCCAAUAAAGUGUCUGAAGACUCCAAACCUGGAACAGUUAUUUCCCUCAUUAGUGUUACGGAUAAAGAUUCCGGAGUAAAUGGCAAAAUUAUUUCACAGAUCACCAAUAAUGUCCCUUUUGAGUUAAAACCUUCAUACAAGGAGAACAUUUACUCAGUUGUCACUAAAGGUUAUUUAGAUAGAGAGGAGGUGUCGGACUAUAAAAUAACAAUAACAUCAACAGACUGUGGUGAACCUCCAAUGUCGACUUCUAAAACUUUAGAUAUUCAGGUAUCAGAUGUGAAUGAUAACAGACCACAUUUCCACCAGUAUCCACUCUAUUUUUACCUGUCAGAAAAUAAUGUCGCUGGACAUUCAGUAUUCUCAGUUACUGCUACUGACAGUGAUGUGGAUGAAAAUGCAGUUAUUUCUUACCAUAUCAUGAGAGCAGGGAAAGAAAAAGAUGUGACAACCUUUUUAAAUAUAAAUUCAGACAAUGGACAAAUAUCAGCACUAAAAAGUUUUGACUUUGAGACGCUGAAAAGUUUCCAGUUCCAAGUAGUGGCCACAGACGGUGGAAGUCCUCCACUGAGCAGCAACGUGACAGUGAACGUGUUCAUUCUGGAUCAGAACGACAACGCUCCAGUCAUCCUGUAUCCAGUCAGCUCCAACGGUUCUGCUGAAGGUGUGGAGGAGAUUCCCCGCAAUAUGAAAGCAGGAGACUUGGUGACUAAAGUCAGAGCCUAUGAUGCUGAUAUAGGAUAUAACGGCUGGUUACUGUUUUCACUGCAGCAAGUCACUGACCACAGUCUCUUUACUUUGGACCGCUAUACGGGCCAGAUCAGAACACUUCGCUCAUUCACAGAGACGGACGAGGCUGAGCAUGGACUGCUCAUACUGGUCAAAGACAAUGGCAACGUUUCCCUGUCAGCAACAGCUACUGUGACUGUCAAACUUGUGGAGCCCAAAGAGGCUUUUGCAGCUUCUGAUGUCAAACGUGCAGCAGCAAAAGUGGACGAGGAGGACGACAAUGUGACUUUUUACCUCAUCGUCACUUUGGGCUCGGUCUCGCUGCUUUUUGUCAUCAGCAUCAUCGUGCUGAUCGCCAUGCAGUGCUCCAAAUCCACAGAGUACACUUCCAAAUAUCUCCAAGACGCUAAUUAUGAUGGGACACUGUGUCACAGCAUCCAGUACAGAUCAGGAGACAAACGCUACAUGCUAGUUGGACCCAGAAUGAGUAUAGGUUCUACUAUAGUCCCGGGCAGCCACGCCAACACUCUGGUGCUCCCUGACAGGAGACACACUUCUUCUGGGGAGGUAAGACUUCAUGCUUUUGUAGUUUAUGGAUUUUCAAUGAAUAUACUUGCAAUUAUUGUCAUUGUACUGCAAUAAUAUUUAUUUACAACACAACUCAUGUUGAUGUUGUUCUUGUCAUGCAUUGGUUUUGGUUGUAUCCACAUGCAGUUUUGAGGUGACCUACUUUUUUUCCAUAUACUUAAUAUUAUUAGCAACAUUGAUAAUUUAAUGAUUAUGUGUUUUUAUUGGUCAUUUUAAUUAGUAGACGUGAUUAUUUUUAAAACAAUACUCGCAUACUGUUUCAAUAAAUAAUGUUACUAAUGUCAUUGUAAAUUAUCAGUUGUUCAUGAGAAGUUACAUUUUGUGAAUUUUUGGGGUUUUGUAAUUUUUUACAGUCAUUUGUUGUAUGGUUAGAGUCAAUUUGUUUAUACCUGGGGAUGGGUUUAUUGGCAACACUAAAUUGGCCCUAGUGUGUGAAUGUGAGUGUGAAUGCUGUCUGUCUAUCUGUGUUGGCCCCUGCGAUGAGGUGGCGACUUGUCCAGGGUGUACCGCGCCUCCCGGCUGAUUGUGGCUGAGAUAGGCUUCAGCACCCUCCGCGACCCCAAAGGGAAUACGCGGUAGAGAAUGGAUGGAUGGAUACUGUUAAAUGUUGUGAAAUCAGUGUGGCAUUGGACAAAUAGUUAAGCACAACACAAUAAAGCGCCCUUAUUCUCCUGCUGAUCUGGUUACUUAACUCAACAUUUUGAGGUGACUCAAUUGUUUUAAAUAUUUUUAAAUAAUAUUGCUCAUUAUUAAUAUUGCCAUCAUUAGUGACUGUGUAUUAUUAUUGUUUU